AUGGCUAGCAGUAGUAGGAAACAAGUAUUUUGCAUCUUUCAUGUUAGAGGGCACUUUGUAAAGACCUCAGAAGGGAAAUUCAUUUAUGAAGGGGGCAUCAUUACUGGAAGAUUGAUUAGAGAAGGGAUGACAUAUGAAGAACUACAAUGCAUGGUAGCUCAUGAUGUGUGGCCAGGGACUCGUGAAUAUAAAAUGAAGUACACAGUUAGCUUUGACCGGGAUACAUUCUUGGAUCUUGUUGACGAUAUUGGUGUUGGACAAGUAAUUGAGUACAACAAUAGUAGUGGCCAUGUUUAUGUUUGUGAGAAUGAGAAAGACUUCACACAAGUGUCACAGCUGGACAGUGUACAAGAGUUAGAUGAUUUGGUUGGCCCUUGUGGAAUGUCAGUAUGUGCAAUGGAAUUGGAUCUAGACACAGACAACAUAAACAUAUCUUCCGUACAAGAUGUGCCAACACUGAUAGGAAGUGUAGGUAUGGAAACGUUGCCAACCCCAAUAGCGGUGAUGAAUUCAUCAAAGUGGGCAGAUUUGUUGAUGUCAAGAGGGCAAACCUUUGUUAGUGCUGAACAUUUUAGAGAGGCAUUAUAUAAGUAUAGCCUUGCACACAAGUUUGGUUACCGGUACGUAAAGAAUGAUAGGCAUAAGAUGAUUGUGAAGUGCUGUGUAGAGGGUUGUCCCUGGGAAAUUUCAGCAUAUGGUGUAGGUGAGAAUAAUGGAUUCCUAGUUGUGAGAAGAUUUAACUAUGAACACUUGCAUUAUGCACAAGACAACUUAGUUGUCCCUCAGAGAAAGAGGUGCAAACUUGCUUCAGCAGUCAUAAUAGAUGAGUUGAUUUCUUGCAUGCACAAAGCUCCAAAUGACAUUAGACGGGAUUUGGAAAGAGAGCUGAAGGAAAGUGAUCCAGAAACGGUAGCAAAGUGGGUUGCAUCAUCAGAUAAUAGAUUUCAAGCUGUAUUUAUUGCAUACGGUUGCUGUGUAGAAGGGUUUUUGAAAGGUGGCAGACCUGUAUUAUAUGUGGAUGGAUGCCACUUGAGUGGUCCGUACAAAGGAACGUUAUUGGGAGCACAAGCGUAUGACGCGGAUAAUGAAUUAUUCCCACUUGCAUAUGCGAUUGUUGGAGGUGAGACGCUUGAUGACUGGGCAUGGUUUCUUGGUAACAUAAAGGAUAUUACGGGCUCAUUAGAAGUGACAAUAGUAUCGGAUAGACACAACUCAAUAAAAGGUGCAGUGCAAGCCGUGUUUGGAGGAGAUCGACAUGCUUUUUGCUACCGUCAUGUGAAGGAGAAUUACAGUGCUGAGUUUUUGAAGAUAACCAGGGGAAAGAGGAGGACCAGCGGACAGACAAAGGAAGUUGCACUAAAAUUACUUGAUUCUAUUGCAUACGCAAGACUUGAUAGAGACUUUGAUUGCAGUAUGGAAAAGCUAAUGGCAUUUUGUCCAGAAUUAGGACAAUGGCUUCAAACAAAUGGAGACAUUGACCGUUGGGCACAAAGCAAAUUUCCUUACAAGAGGUGGGACAAUAUCACAACAAAUCUAGCCGAAUCCUUUAAUGCUUGGCUUGUUGGUGAGAGGAAGCACAACAUAGCUGUCUUGAUACAUGAGCACAGGAAAAAUUGGCAAACAAGAUGUACCACAGCAAAGAAGCCAUGA